GUGUUAGUCUCGCCAGAUCGGCAUCCAGGAUCAUAUGUUCGAUAUAUACGCGAACAUCACGAGACACUCGCCUAUCGGAGAAAGUGCAAUCUGUUUCCAGAGAUCUGCGAGUGUGGAUGGACAAGCUUCCCCAUGAUUUGAAGAUUGACAGUGCAGAUCAGUACAAAAUGGACCCCAGAGCCUGCUCCCUGCAGUUACUAUUCAAUCAGCUCCUCAUCCUUGCAACGAGACCUGUCCUCUUGCAUGUGCUCAAGACUCGCAUUGCCAACCCAGACUCCGACAUUGGCGUUCCGAAAUCUGCUUUAGGGCUAGCAGAGGCCUGUGUAAGGUGCGCUCGUCACUCCUACAGCCUCUUGACUGACAAGUGGACCAAUGGCUCUCUGAUGCUUUUCGAUUACUUCGACACACAAUACCUCUUCUCUUCAUCGAUCAUCCUGGCUAUCUCUUCACUUUGGGAGAGGGAAUCGAGUUAUCUCGACAAGAACCGGCUAGAAUGCAUUACACACCUGCUUGCUCAGCUCAAGCAAAACGGCAAUCUUCCCGCGGCAGAGUUUUGUCAGCAUACAGACGCUAUGCUGCCAUUGAUGGCAGAUCUCGAGACGCGCUUGCGUGCUCAACCGUCACGUCAUGCGACAUUGAACGAGCCACCGACAGGCUACUCUCUCGGGGCAACAGGCCGCAGUCAUGAGCUCGAGAACACACAAGUGGCGCAAGGUGUUACUCUGAUGGAGCCUUUCUUUCAAAACCUUCUAGCGCAGCCCGACGCAGAGCUCCAAUUCAUCGACCAAGCGGACUUUCUGGAUUUGGAUCUUGGGCCGCUGUGGCCAGACGUGACAGUUUGA